AUGAAGUUCUCUGUUGCCACCAUCGCUGUCAUGGCCACUGCCGCCGCCGCCCAGAACUAUGGCUACCAGCAGCAACAAGGCUACCAGGACCCCGCGCAAUACCAGGGCUAUCAGGGCUACCAGGGCCAGCAGCCCCAGCAGUACCCCCAAUACGGCGUCAGUGGUCCUCCUCCUACCCAGAACAAGUACGGUCCUGCGGAGGCUGCGGCGUGGCAUAGCUGCAUUGACGGUCUCCUGGACCAGAUCAACAAUGGCCAUGAAGGAACCAAGAUGGCAUGUUCGACCUGGAAGUGUUUGGAGAACAAUGCCGCCAAGUACAACCGAGGAGGUGCACUCGCUGCUGCUGGAGGCCUUCUUUCUGGGUUCUGCGGGCUCUCCGGUGUUCUCCCUGGUUGGGUUUGA